GGAAAACAACCUAAUCGAAUCCAUACACGCCGGUGCAUUUAAUGGAUUGCCAAACUUAAGAGGCCUGCGGCUGAAUUCCAACGAGCUACGAAACAUAUCUCGGUCGGCGUUCAGUGGAUUGACUCAACUACGCUCACUGGAUUUAUCCAAGAACAGUAUCGAAUCCAUACACGGCGGUGCAUUUGAAGGAAUGCCGAACCUAGGGGCACUGUACCUGAAUGACAACCGGUUAAUUUACAUUUCACGGGCGACGUUCAGUGGCUUGACUCAACUAAACUCACUGUUCCUGGACGGCAACCUGUUACGAAACAUUUCUCGGGCGACGUUCAGUGGAUUGACUCGGCUACGCACACUGUGUGCAACCAACAAUGGUCUCGAAUCAAUAGACGAAGGCGCAUUUGAAGGAGUGCCAAACAUAUUACUUCUGUAAGACGUUUUCAG